AUGGAGGAGCAAUGGAGGAAGCUACGUCUAACAGAGGAGGAAGUGUGCGAUAUAGUGGUGGGGGAAGAAGUUCCAGAGGAGCUACGCCACAAAGCCAAGUGCAAUAUAGUUGGAAAAAUAUGGAUGGAAAGGAGGGUAAGUGCCACAGUGGUAGAAAAUACUAUGGGGAGGGUAUGGAGGAUAAGCCAGAAAGCAAGAUUCCAAGAGGUAGGGAUUAAUAUGUUUGUAAUACAGUUUGCUAACGAGGCAGAUAAGAUAAGGGUCAUGGAUGGGAGGCCGUGGCUUUUUGACAACUAUAUGUUUGUCUUAAUGCCAAUGAAUGGAGAUAUACCUCCCCAGAGAAUGGAUUUUACAAAGGAAAGGAUGUGGAUUCAGUUGCUUGAGAUGCCUUUAGUUGGUAUGAAUGAAGGAGAAGGAACAAGGAUUGGAAACACUAUAGGGGAGGUGGUUGAAGUGGAGACACAGGUGGAUGGUAGCGGAUGGGGCUGCUUUCUAAGGGUUUUGUUAGUAAUGGAUCUAUCCAAACCAAUAGCAAGGGGAAGAACCAUCUCAGUGAAGGGUGUCAAAUACUGGAUACCUCUAAGGUAUGAAAAACUUCCUCACCUAUGUUUCCAGUGUGGGUGUAUAAUUCAUAGAAAGGGGUCUUGUGUGGAAAAAACUGAUGGUAGUCGAGAUCAAUUUGGAAGCUGGCUUCGAGCUGGGCCAAGGAUAGGGUUAUCAACAACCUAUAAAGAUAAGGAAAGAGGGGAGGGUAGAAGGAACAAGAUGGUGGUGAUGGAUGUAGUUCAAACUGAAAGUGAUACUCAUGAAGUGAGGAAAGAAAGGGAGGAACUAGCUGUUAAAGUGAUGAGGGAAGGGGAUAUGAUUAAUGAAGGGGUAGUUCAGGAGGCUGGGGAAGGGCUAACUGAAGUAUUAGUCCAGGAGGGUGAGGUGUUAGCUAAUAAAAUACACAAUGGGCAAAAACCUGCAGGAGAGGUAUCUGUAGUUGAGGUCUCUGAAGUAGAGGUGGUUGAUAAUGGGGGAAGGGGAUCUUGGAAAAGGAAAGCUAGGGGAAUAGGCAAUGAAGGGUUAGUUAAAAUCCCUGGUUCACAGGAGAGAAAAAGAAAAUGUAAUUAUGAGAAAAAGGGAAGGGAGAAAAAAGUAAGGAAAAAUGAGGAGGGGCAGAAAGGUGAGGUGGAAGACAAUUUAUCUUUGCAAGAGGUGGAGGCUGCAGAGCAGCCCCACCUAUACCAAUGA